CUGUCAGAUGUCAUUUUCCGAAAGCCGAAAGGGAGGAAAAUCACAUUGCUGCCCAAGUGCUGACGAAAAGUUGUUUUUCUUGAAAAAUUGAGGAAAAAAUCGCUCACGAGCCCACUCGCCACAAUGCUGGACAUGGAAAACAUCAAACUGCCGCAGCUGGAGAACAACCAAAAGUCGUAUGCCGGCAUCCCGGAGGCCGUAUUUGUGGAAGAUGUCGAAGCCUACAUGAAGCAAUCCGGCAGCGAAGAGAACGUAGAGAAGGUGCUGAAAAGUCUGGACGAGCAGCAUAGCAAGUACAAGUUCAUGGAAUUUAACAUAAUCUCGCGGAAACGGCGCCUACGGCAGCAGAUUCCGGACCUGGCCAAGAGCCUGGAGAUGAUCAAAAUCCUGCGAACGCAAACCGAGGACCGGGAGACGCAGUUUCUGCUAAGCGAGCAGGUCUUUGUGAAAACGUGCGUUCCGCCCACGAAAACGGUCUGCCUGUGGCUCGGGGCGAACGUUAUGCUCGAGUACCCGCUGGACGAGGCCGAGGAACUGCUCAAGCAGAACAAACUGUCCGCCGAGGUUAACCUCAAGUGUCUGGAGCACGACCAGGAGUUUUUGCGCGAUCAGAUCACUACAACAGAGGUCAACAUGGCCAGAGUACAUAACUUUGAUGUGAAAAAACGCCAGGCCAAGAAGGCCGCCGAACAGUGAGAUGGUCCAGUUUAAGCCCCCUUUUUUCCCUCUAUUUUCGCUAACAGAUCGUAACUCGGAUUUGCUUUUAUUGACGGGUUUUGUAUGACCUAGGUCAUUGACCUUGUUGCUUAAAAUACAUCAAUAAUUAAAUUA